UAAGCUUCCUAAUUCCAGCCUCUGCCACUUCUACAUUCCCCCAUAUGGCUCUUAAUGGAUACCAACUCACCCUCUUUGCUUUCCUCCUAUCCACCCUCUUUGCCGGCUCCGCCGCGCAGUCGUCGAGCUCCUCCUGCACUUCCGCGCUCUUAAGCCUCUCGACCUGCUUGAACUUCAUCUCGGGCAACGCAAUGACGCCACCGAGCUCGUGCUGCUCCCAACUCAACUCAGUGGUCAACUCGGAACCUCAGUGCCUGUGUGCGGUGCUCAAUGGGGACGCUGCGUCCGGGCUCGGCAUCUCCAUCAACACGACCAAGGCGCUCGCUCUGCCUACCGCUUGCAAGGUUCAUACGCCGCCAAUUAGCCAAUGCAGUACCUCUUCAUCCCCGCCUUCCACUGGUACCACUCCGUCCACAUCAAAUAGUCCUUCAGGCGGUGGAACGAAAAAUGUUCCAUCGACAGACACAGGUGCUGCAAAUAGAUUCAAUGCUGAUGUUUAUGUUCGCCUUCUUCUCAGUCUGCUUCUUGCGCUUUUGUUUUCUUCGGCUUAAGAUUUAUUUUAUUUUUUGAUUAUUUGAGAGAAUGAGGGGUUGUUGGUGUUGUUGUUUCAUUGAAUGAUUAGCUGUGUUGAAUAAA